AUUGGAUAUGGUGGCUCCUGCAUGUAAUCCUGUGGAGGCAGAGAGGCAGGAGGAUCACAGCAACUCCAAAGUAGUCUGCUCCACGUAGUGAGUUCUAGCCCAGCCAGGACUAUGUAGCAAGACCCUGUCUCAACAGCCCCACCCCUGAAAAAGAAGAGGUUGUUUACUAGAAACAUGGUUGUUUGUUGGAGUUGAUCUCACAGCCCAGUGAGGCCAUCUUUACUGAUAAUGUCAAGUUCAGGUUACCCUCCCAAUCAAGGAGCUUUCAGCACAGAACAAAGCCGUUAUCCUUCACAUUCUGUCCAGUACACCUUUCCCAGCACCCGGCACCAGCAGGAAUUUGCAGUCCCUGACUAUCGCUCUUCUCAUAUUGAAGUUAGUCAGGCAUCACAACUUUUACAGCAACAGCAGCAACAACUUCGAAGGCGACCUUCCUUGCUUUCAGAAUUUCACCCAGGUUCUGACAGGCCGCAAGAAAGAAGAACCGGAUAUGAACAGUUUCACUCAGGUCCCUCAUCGGUGGAACAUGAUUCCUUGGAGUCUAAGCGGCCGCGCCUGGAGCCAGUUUCUGAUGCCCAUUUCCAACGCGUUAGUGCUGCAGUUUUACCUUUAGUUCACACCCUGCCAGAAGGGUUGAGGUCUUCUGCAGAUGCUAAAAAGGAUUCAGCAUUUGGAGGCAAACAUGAAGCUCCAUCCUCUCCACUGGCUGGACAACCAUGUGGAGAUGAUCAAAACGCUUCUCCUUCAAAGCUUUCAAAGGAAGAGUUAAUACAGAGUAUGGAUCGGGUAGACCGAGAGAUUGCAAAAGUAGAGCAGCAGAUCCUUAAACUGAAAAAGAAACAACAACAACUAGAAGAAGAAGCAGCUAAACCCCCUGAGCCAGAGAAGCCUGUGUCCCCUCCUCCUGUGGAGCAGAAACAUCGUAGCAUUGUCCAAAUUAUUUAUGAUGAGAAUCGGAAAAAAGCAGAAGAAGCUCAUAAAAUAUUUGAAGGCCUUGGCCCAAAAGUUGAGCUGCCACUCUAUAACCAGCCAUCAGAUACCAAGGUGUACCAUGAGAACAUCAAGACUGGAGUACCUGCAAGGCGCAUGAUGAAAAACCAGGUGAUGAGGAAAAAACUCAUUUUAUUUUUUAAAAGAAGAAAUCAUGCAAGAAAACAAAGGGAACAAAAAAUCUGCCAGCGAUAUGAUCAGCUCAUGGAGGCAUGGGAGAAAAAAGUGGACAGAAUAGAAAAUAAUCCCCGGAGGAAAGCAAAAGAAAGCAAAACAAGGGAAUACUAUGAGAAGCAGUUUCCAGAAAUUCGAAAACAGAGAGAGCAACAAGAAAGAUUUCAACGAGUUGGUCAGAGGGGAGCUGGUCUUUCAGCCACCAUUGCUAGGAGUGAGCAUGAAAUUUCUGAAAUUAUUGAUGGUCUUUCUGAGCAGGAGAAUAAUGAGAAACAAAUGCGGCAGCUUUCUGUGAUUCCACCUAUGAUGUUUGAUGCAGAGCAAAGAAGGGUCAAGUUCAUCAAUAUGAAUGGGCUUAUGGAGGAUCCUAUGAAGGUUUAUAAGGACAGACAGUUUAUGAAUGUUUGGACCGACCAUGAAAAGGAAAUCUUUAAGGACAAGUUUAUCCAGCAUCCAAAAAACUUUGGAUUAAUUGCAUCCUACUUGGAAAGGAAGAGUGUGCCUGACUGUGUUUUAUAUUACUAUUUAACCAAGAAAAACGAGAAUUAUAAAGCCCUAGUGAGAAGGAAUUACGGAAAACGCAGAGGCAGAAAUCAGCAGCAGAUUGCCCGUCCCUCUCAAGAAGAAAAAGUAGAAGAAAAAGAAGAGGAUAAAACAGAAAAAACAGAGAAAAAGGAAGAAGAAAAGAAGGAUGAUGAAGAAAAAGAUGAGAAGGAAGAUUCUAAAGAAACAACCAAGGAAAAGGACAGAACAGAAGGCACAACAGAAGAAACUGAGGAGAGAGAGCAGGCUACUCCAAGGGGGCGGAAGACUGCUAAUAGCCAGGGGCGCCGGAAAGGCCGGAUUACCAGGUCCAUGACUAGUGAAGCUGCAGCUGCCAGUGCUGCUGCCGCAGCCAGCGAGGAUCCCCCUCCACAACUGCCACCACCACCAGAGCCCAUUUCUACUGAGCCUGUUGAGACCUCGAGAUGGACAGAAGAAGAAAUGGAAGUUGCUAAAAAAGGCUUGGUGGAACAUGGUCGUAACUGGGCAGCCAUUGCCAAAAUGGUUGGAACGAAAAGUGAAGCACAGUGUAAAAACUUCUAUUUUAACUAUAAAAGGCGGCACAACCUUGACAGCCUUUUGCAACAACAUAAACAGAAAGUGAGUAGAGCAGUAGUGGCCUCACGAAAACCUCGUGAGGAACGAGAUGUGUCUCAAUGUGAAAGUGUAGCUUCCACUGUUUCUGUCCAGGAGGAUGAAGAUAUUGAAGCCUCAAAUGAAGAGGAAAAUCCAGAAGACAGUGAAGGUGCUGAAAAUAGUUCUGAUACAGAAAGUGCUCCCUCUCCUUCACCAGUUGAAGCUGCCAAGCCCAGUGAAGACAGCAGUGAAAAUGCUGCUUCUCGAGGAAACACCGAACCUGUGGCUGAGCUUGAAGCCACCACUGACCCUGCACCCUGUGCAUCUCCCUCUUCAGCAGUUCCAAGCACAAAACCAGCUGAAAGCGAAAGUGUGGAGGCCCAGGCGACUGACACUGCCAGUGUGGAGACAGCAGAGCCGAUGGACGUAGACCAUGAGGAGCGUGGUGCCGAAGCCAGUUCUGUUCUUGACCCCCCAGCUGCUACCAAAGCCGACUCUGUGGAUGCAGAAGUUCGGGUGCCAGAAAACAUUGCAUCUAAAGGUGAAGGAGAUGCCAAAGAAAAAGACUUGGAGAGCACCAGUGAGAAGACAGAGGCUCGAGAUGAAGACUUGAUAGUGGCUGAGCAGAUGAAUAUCCAGAGGCCUGAGCCACAGUCAGACAAUGACUCCAGUGCCACAUGCAGUGCUGAUGAGGAUGUUGAUGGUGAGCCGGAGAGGCAGAGAGUGUUUCCUAUGGACGCAAAGCCUUCAUUGUUAAAUCCUACUGGAUCUAUACUAGUCUCAUCCCCCAUUAAACCAAAUCCGCUGGAUCUCCCACAGCUUCAGCAUCGAGCUGCUGUUAUCCCACCAAUGGUUUCUUGCAACCCAUGUAGUAUGCCAAUUGGAUCACCUGUGAGUGGCUAUGCUCUUUACCAGCGGCACAUUAAGGCCAUGCACGAAUCAGCACUCCUGGAGGAACAGCGGCAGAGGCAAGAACAGAUAGACUUGGAAUGUAGAAGCUCUACAAGCCCAUGUGGCACUUCCAAGAGCCCAAACAGGGAAUGGGAAGGAAAAUCAGUCGCCUAUAUGCCUUAUGCUGAGGUCAAACGUGCUCUAGAACAGGAAGCACAGAUGCACAGUACCGCAGCAAGGUCAGCCUCACCGUGUAGGCUCUCUCCAAGAGAAGUCAGUAAAGCCGCCUCACAGCCUGAUUUGAGUGCAGCCCGCUAUAGUGUCCCUCCAGUCCUCCAGCCUGCUCCACAUCAAGUGAUAACUAACCUUCCUGAAGGGGUUCGGCUUCCAACAACACGACCAACCAGGCCACCACCUCCUCUUAUCCCAUCGUCUAAAACCACAAUGGCAUCAGAAAAACCAUCCUUUAUAAUGGGAGGGUCCAUCUCACAGGGAACUCCUGGCACUUACUUGACUUCUCAUAAUCAGGCUUAUACUCAAGAACCAACUAAGCCCUCGGUGGGAUCUAUCUCUCUUGGAUUGCCGCGGCAGCAGGAAUCUACCAAAUCAGCUCCUUUGACCUACAUCAAGCAGGAAGAAUUUUCUCCGAGAAGCCAAAACUCACAGCCUGAGGGAUUAUUAGUCAGGGCUCAGCAUGAAGGUGUGGUCAGAGGCACUGCAGGGGCUGUCCAAGAAGGAAGUAUAACUCGGGGAACUCCUGCCAGCAAAAUCUCAGUGGAGAGCAUCUCAUCAUUGCGGGGCUCUAUUACCCAGGGGACCCCAGCUCUGCCCCAGGCUGGCAUACCAACAGAGGCUUUGGUAAAGGGACCCGUUUCUAGGGUUCCCAUUGAAGAAAGCAGUCCUGAGAAAGUAAGAGAGGAAGCUGCAUCCAAAGGCCAUGUUAUUUAUGAAGGCAAAAGUGGACAUAUCUUAUCAUAUGAUAAUAUUAAGAAUGCCCGAGAAGGGACUCGGAGUCCAAGAACAGCUCAUGAAAUCAGUUUAAAAAGAAGCUAUGAGUCAGUAGAAGGAAAUAUAAAGCAAGGGAUAUCGAUGAGGGAGUCUCCUGUAUCAGCACCAUUAGAGGGUCUGAUAUGCCGAGCAUUACCCAGGGGGAGCCCUCAUUCUGAUCUCAAAGAAAGGACUGUGCUGUCUGGAUCCAUAAUGCAGGGCACACCAAGAGCAACAUCUGAAAGCUUUGAAGAUGGCCUUAAGUAUCCCAAACAGAUUAAAAGGGAAAGCCCUCCUAUCCGAGCAUUUGAAGGUGCCAUUACCAAAGGAAAACCGUAUGAUGGUAUCACCACAAUCAAAGAAAUGGGGCGUUCCAUUCACGAGAUUCCACGACAAGAUAUUCUAACUCAGGAAAGUCGAAAAACUCCAGAAGUGGUCCAGAGCGCGAGGCCAAUUAUUGAGGGUUCCAUAUCCCAGGGCACACCAAUAAAAUUUGACAACAACUCAGGUCAAUCAGCUAUCAAACACAAUGUGAAGUCCUUAAUCACAGGGCCUAGCAAACUACCCCGUGGAAUGCUGGAAGUUGUACCAGAGAACAUGAAAGUGGUAGAACGGGGGAAAUAUGAGGAUGUGAAAGCAGGUGAGCCAGUGCGUCCUCGGCACACGUCAGUGGUGAGCUCUGGCCCCUCCGUUCUCAGGUCUACACUUCAUGAAGCUCCCAAAGCACAGCUGAGCCCAGGAAUCUAUGAUGACAGCAGUGCUCGCAGGACUCCUGUGAGUUACCAGAACACCAUAUCCAGAGGCUCACCCAUGAUGAGCAGAACUCCUGACGUUUCUUCCAGCAAGUCUACCAGUCAUGAAAGGAAAUCAACUCUGACACCAACCCAAAGAGAAAGUAUACCAGCCAAGUCUCCAGUGCCGGGUGUGGAUCCUGUCGUGAGUCACAGCCCAUUUGAUCCCCAUCAUAGGAGUAGUGCUGCAGGAGAGGUUUAUCGGAGCCACCUUCCCACGCACUUGGAUCCAGCCAUGCCCUUUCACAGGGCUUUGGAUCCUGCCGCUGCUGCUUACCUGUUUCAGAGACAGCUUUCACCAACUUCAGGAUACCCAAGUCAGUACCAGCUUUAUGCAAUGGAGAAUACAAGACAGACAAUCCUAAAUGAUUACAUUACCUCACAGCAGAUGCAAGUGAAUUUACGCCCUGAUGUCACCAGGGGUCUGUCCCCACGAGAACAGCCACUGGGUCUCCCUUAUCCAGCUACAAGAGGAAUUAUUGACCUGACCAAUAUGCCUCCAACAAUUUUAGUGCCUCAUGCAGGGGGAACAAGCACUCCUCCCAUGGACAGAAUCACUUAUAUUCCUGGUACACAGAUUGCUUUCCCUCCCAGGCCAUAUAAUGCUGCUUCUUUGUCUCCAGGACACCCAACACACCUUGCAGCAGCUGCAAGUGCUGAGAGGGAACGUGAGCGAGAAAGAGAGAAGGAACGAGAGCGAGAAAGAGAAAGAGAGCGGGACCGCGACCGCGAAAGGAUUACUGCUGCUUCCUCUGAGCUCUACCUACGACCAGGAUCAGAACAGCCAGGCCGCCCUGGCAGCCAUGGAUAUGUUCGCUCCCCUUCCCCUUCAGUAAGAACUCAGGAGACCAUGUUGCAACAGAGGCCCAGUGUUUUCCAGGGAACCAAUGGAACCAGUGUAAUCACACCUUUGGAUCCAACUGCUCAGCUACGAAUCAUGCCAUUACCUGCUGGGGGCCCUUCAAUAAGCCAAGGCCUGCCAGCCUCCCGUUACAACACUGCUGCGGAUGCCCUGGCUGCUCUUGUGGAUGCUGCAGCUUCCGCACCCCAGAUGGAUGUUUCCAAAACAAAAGAGAGUAAGCAUGAAGCUGCCAGGUUAGAAGAAAAUUUGAGAAGCAGGUCAGCAGCAGUUAGUGAACAGCAGCAGCUAGAGCAGAAAAACCUGGAGGUGGAGAAGAGAUCUGUUCAGUGUGUGUGCACUUCUUCAGCCCUUCCAAGUGGCAAGCCCCAGCCUCAUGCCUCAGUAGUGUAUUCUGAGGCUGGGAAAGAUAAAGGGCCUCCUCCAAAAUCCAGAUAUGAGGAAGAGCUAAGGACCCGAGGGAAGACUACCAUUACUGCAGCUAACUUCAUAGACGUGAUCAUCACCCGGCAAAUUGCCUCGGACAAGGAUGCGAGGGAACGUGGCUCUCACAGUUCAGACUCUUCCAGUAGCUUGUCUUCUCACAGGUAUGAAGCACCUAGUGAUGCUAUUGAGGUGAUAAGUCCUGCCAGCUCACCUGCACCACCCCAGGAAAAACCACAGGCCUAUCAGCCAGAGAUGGUUAAGGCAAAUCAAGCAGAAAAUGAGUCCACCCGACAGUAUGAAGGACCACUGCAUCACUAUCGGUCCCAGCAGGAAUCACCACCUCCACAGCAGCCAUCACUGCCCCCAUCUUCCCAGGCAGAGGGAAUGGGGCAGGUGCCCAGGACCCAUCGAUUAAUCACACUUGCUGACCACAUCUGUCAAAUUAUCACACAGGAUUUUGCUAGAAAUCAAGUUCCCUCACAGCCUCCUGCUUCUCCAUUCCAAACUUCGCCAUCUGCUUUGGCGUCAACGCCUGUAAGAACUAAAACAUCAAGUCGCUACAGCCCAGAAUCCCAGUCUCAGAGUGUUCUACAUCCAAGACCAGGUUCUAGAGUCUCUCCAGAGAAUCUUGUGGAUAAGGCCCGGGGAAGCAGGCCUGGAAAGUCUCCAGAGAGGAGUCACAUCCCAGCAGAGCCCUAUGAGCCCAUCUCCCCACCCCAAGGCCCUGCUGUGCAUGAGAAGCAGGACAGCAUGCUGCUCCUGUCACAGAGGGGAAUGGAGCCUGCUGAGCAGAGGAAUGAUUCUCGAUCACCAGGAAGUAUAAGCUACUUGCCUUCCUUCUUCACCAAGCUUGAAAGCACAUCACCCAUGGUUAAAUCAAAGAAGCAGGAAAUUUUUCGUAAGUUGAACUCCUCUGGUGGAGGUGACUCUGAUAUGGCAGCUGCGCAGCCGGGAACUGAGAUCUUUAAUCUGCCAGCAGUUACUACAUCAGGUGCAGUUAGCUCAAGAAGCCAUUCUUUUGCUGAUCCUGCCAGUAAUCUUGGUCUAGAAGACAUCAUCAGAAAGGCUCUCAUGGGAAGUUUCGAUGAUAAAGUUGAAGAUCAUGGUGUUGUCAUGUCCCAGACUGUAGGAGUUGUGCCUGGCAGUGUCAGCACCUCGGUUGUGACUAGCAGUGAGACACGGAGAGAUGACGGGGACCCAUCACCUCAUUCAGGAGUAUGUAAACCAAAGCUGAUCAACAAAACAAACAGCAGGAAGUCUAAAUCUCCUAUUCCAGGGCAAAGCUAUUUAGGAGCUGAACGGCCUUCCUCUGUCUCCUCUGUCCAUUCAGAAGGUGAUUACCACAGGCAGACGCCAGGAUGGGCCUGGGAAGACAGGCCCUCUUCAACAGGUUCUACUCAGUUCCCUUACAAUCCUCUGACCAUACGGAUGCUCAGCAGUACACCACCAACACCGAUCGCAUGUGCCCCAUCUGCCAUCAACCAAGCAGCUCCCCAUCAACAGAACCGCAUUUGGGAGCGGGAACCGGCUCCGCUCCUCUCAGCGCAGUAUGAGACACUGUCUGAUAGUGACGACUGAACUGUGCACAGGAGAGAGCUCUGGCCUUGGUUUUAAUUGCAGAUAAACACAAUUCUGCCCUCUUACGAUUUGUGCCCAGAGACUUCUCAGGAGAGCCAGGGCUACAGAUGAAGAAAUGAUGGAAAUUCAUUUGGAAAACCAAAUGAGAAAAAAACAAAAACAGAAAAAAAACAACCUGCCUCUAAUACAGGCAAUUCAAUGGAUUAUAACCAUGGAGGGUUGAAGUGUAGAGUUUUUUUUAAAGUGGACAAUUCCUGUUCUUACAUCUGUUUGUAAAGAAAACCAUGAUGUCUUUAAAUCACUCUUCUGUAAAUAGAUGACCUUUUUGCAGUGUAUCCCCCUUGCUGUAGUAUCUGGUGUACUUAAAUUUAAAUCAGCGCAUCAACAUUGGGGGCGAUUUUUUUAAAUUCUUUGUGUAUCUUUUUAACCCCAGCCUUCCAAACAACCUCACACAGCCCAGUUACACAGUGCUGGCUGUCAUGGGCAUUGUACCUUUGUUUCCUCUAAAUUCAGCUUUCCCAGUGAUGUUUAAAUCUUGUGGAAAUGUUUAUGUUUUUAACACAUACCCUGUCAUAAAGCCUGUAUGAGGUCAGAGGGCAGGAACAACAGAACUAUUAUAUUGUGAGUUUCCAGUACGGGCUUUACUUUCUUCAUUAGUAGCACUGAAAAAAAAUUAAUGCAUGGGUAUGUUAUAGUUCAGUUUUAAAGUUUAAAGGCUUAUUUGAGGCAUACCUCAAUGUUUAUGCACACUGGUAAUUUAACCAUGCCCCUAAGUAUUCUAAUGCAUUUGAUGCAGCCCAACAAAGCUUCUGUUCUGAAAUAAAUUUGACUCUCCUGUCCA